AUGUCAUCACCAUCGCCACCUAGAUCAAUAUUUUUAACUGGCCAACCACGUGUUGGAAAAUCAACAAUAAUCAAAAAGAUCAUUUCCUAUUUUCAAAAGAAUCAUUCUGACAAAAUAAAUUUAAAAGGCUUCUACACGAUCGAAGUUACCAACAACGACGGCAAUGUUGAUAACUAUGAUUAUGAUAAAUUAACUACCACCACCUUCGCCACCAAAAAUCAUAGAAUUGGUUUUGAUGUGUUAACUCUAGAUGGUAAUCGAGGUAUUUUAGCACGUAAGAAAGAUUACAUCACGACAAAUAAUAAUUUACCAAGAAAAGAUGACGAUAUGUUUAUUUUGGGAACCGUUUCGUUGAAAUCUGAAGGACUAGCUAAAAAAAUUAGAAAUAGUGCAUCUUCUUCUACUUCUCUGACCAUCACCAAUAAUACUAAAGAUGAUGAUAAAAUCAAAGUUUUGAAUGUUACAUAUGAAAAUCGUAUCAAGUUGGUGGAUUUAAUUAUUAAAGAAUUGGAAAAAUCCUUCAUAUUAUCAUAA